AUGUCUGAGCGUGCUUCCAUCACAUUGCACCAACCUCCCUUGCUUUUCAACUCUUCUCCCAAACUACCUACUCCUCAUUUUCCUCCCCAAACUCUCCCUGCCUCCUUUCCUCCUUUCCUCCCUUUUUCUCACCCCACCUCACUUCCGUCCUUUUCCCCCACCUCUCUUCCUUCCCUCCUCGGCCCACCUCCCUUCCUUCCCUCCUCGCCCCACCUUCCCUCCUUCCCUCCCCAACUCUGUUUCUUCCCUCCUCCUCGCCCCAUCCGUUUGUCUUGCCAGGAGAAGCAGCAGAGGGCGGGUGAGCGUCUCACGUUCAUCUGCACGUGCUCUUUCCUGGAAAUUUACAACGAGCAUUUCUACGACCUUCUGGACCCCAAGCGCUGCAACCUGCAUAUCCGAGAGGGCCCCAAUGGCGUGUACGUGGAGAACCUUACCAAGCAGCCGGUCACCUGCUUUGCUCAAGUCAUGGAGCUAAUUCAGCAGGGAGCGAAGAACCGGCGGGUGGCGGGGACGAACAUGAACCGGGAGAGCAGCCGGUCUCACAGCGUCUUCACGUGCAACAUCGAGAGCACGUGGACGGUUGAGGGCAUCAGCAACCGGCGUUUCGGUCAACUCAACCUCGUUGACCUCGCGGGCUCUGAAAGGCAGAAGUCAUCAGGGGCGACGGGAGAGAGGCUCAAGGAGGCGAGCUCCAUCAACACGUCGCUCUCCCAGCUCGGCAAGGUGAUCAUGGUGCUCGUGGAGUCGCUGAGGGAGAACAAGCCUCGCCACGUGCCCUACCGCGACUCCUAUCUCACCUUCCUUCUCCAGGACUCUCUGGGCGGCAACUCCAAGACGACCAUCAUCGCGUGCAUCAGUCCAUUCGCCGGGUCAUUUCGGGAGUCGCACAGCACGCUCAAGUUCGCACAGCGGGCGAAGCUGGUUCACAACAAGGCAGUGGUGAACGAGGCUGCAGAGGGCGAGAAGGACGCUCUCAAGAAGGAGAUCGCCCGUCUCAAGGACGAGCUUCAUCGACUGAAUAAGCUCUGCACCUGUGAAGCCCGUCUGCUCCUCCCUGCCUCCUCCUCCUCGCCUCCCUUCUCCCUCCCUCACUCCCGCACCACCACACCCAGAACACCCCGCAAUGGUAACUCCACCGGUGCUGCUGGGUCUACUGCUGCUGCUGCCAGCUCCCCACUGGCACUGGCGCUGCAGGAGAGGGCGAACUCUCCCAGGCAUGUGCAGCUGCUGGGGGAGAUUGAGCGGCUGGAACGGACGCUGGCGGGGUGCUUGCGCAGGGAGAGGGAGCUGGAGAGGGAAGUGGGCGUUCUGAGGGGCGAGACUGCGAAGCUGAGGAAGCAGCUCGCUGCUGCUGCUGCUGCUGCUGCUCGUGGUGGUGGGAGUGGUGCUGGGGGAGGGGGUGAGGUGGCGGAGCUGUUGGUGCAGAAGGCAGCAGCGGGCGGGGGGCACGCUCAGGCGCGCAUAGAUGAGCUCACCCAGGAGCUACAGGGCGUACGGGCGGAGCUGGGUCGCUGCAAGGAGCACUUGCGGCUGUCUGAUGCUGCUAACGAGCAGCUGGCGAGGCAAACGCGGGAGAUGGAGGCGGAGAUGCAGCUGCUGGCUGCGCAGAACCUCUCUCUGGAAGACCAAAUCAAGGCGUUCAAAGCUGCCAACAAGGACAUCUCUUCCUCAUUCCAUGGAGGGCUCGCCUCGCAGAGAGGAGAUCUCUCCGCCGCGCCCACUCCCAUCCUGUCAGCUGCGCGCGCUGCUGCCCCCAGCAGCCUCAUUCCCACACCUCUGGUCACGACCACCAGGGGCACUCGUGCUGCCACUCCCACAAGUGGCGGCUUUGGUACCGGCCUGGGGGCAGGCAUCAAUCGGAACCUCGAGGAGGCGUUUUCUGGCGCUAAGGGGUUUGAGACUCCGCUUUCAAUGAGGGGCAAGGGUGCAGCAGGGAGAGUCGGAGGUGGAGGCGGAGGGGGAGGAGGAGGAGUGGGAGGUACGGAGUGUGUGGUUGACUGUAGGUCUUCUCUCAGGCACGUGGGCAAGGAUCAGGACCGGUUCAGGCAGCAGAGGUUGGAUUUGGACUCGGCAGUCAAAGGGAAGCUGGAGGCUGAGUGGGCUAACAGCGCUCUCAAGGCGAAUCUGAAGCUCCAGGAGCAGGAAGCGAGGGAGCUUGUAGAGAGGAUGCAGACCGAGGAGGGGCGGAGGCGUGAGGCGGAGAGGCUGGCGGAGGAAGCGGAGAGGGAGGUUCGGGAUGCGGCCGCCGCGGCUGCGGCGUGUGCUCGGGAGAAAGCUGCGGUGGACGAGCAGCUGCGGGCGAUCCAGGAACAGGUUCGGGAACUUCAGGGCCGGGAGGAGAGGAGCGAGGAGGAGAAGAGGGAUUUGGAGGAGGCGUUGAGGAGAGAGCGGGAUUUGGGGGAGGAGGCGGCACAAUUGGCGGAAGCAGAGUGGAAGAAGACUCAAGAGGCGACAGCUAGGAGGAUUGCUGCAGAGAGGAGCCUGCAGAGGACGAUGGAUGAGGCGAAGAAUCUGAGGGGAUUGCUGGAUGAUUCGGAAGAGACGAGGGCGAAGUAUGUGAGGCUGAAGCAUGAGCUAAGGGCGGCUCUGCAGAGGCUUGUGAAGGCGGCGGAACAGAAGGUGGAGGAUGAGAAGGCGUUGGAGAGGAUGCGGGAAGAGUUGGGUGCGGUGAGAGCGCAGGUGUUGAGUGCGGGGGAGAGGGCGGAGGAGGCAGAGAGGAGAGUGAGGGAGGGUGGGGUGGUGGGUGCAGGAGGUGAGGUGGUGGAGGGAGGAGUUGGGGCGGGUGUUGAAGGGGAUGAGGUGGCAGGAGAGGAGGAUAAUGUGGUGGAGGAGGGGAGUGAGGUGGCAGGAGAGGAGGGUGACGUGGUGGAUGAGGGGAGUGAGGUGGCAGGAGAGGUGAGGGUGAGCGAGGGGGAGGAGGUAGAGAGGGAGCAGACACAACGGCUAGUGGAUGAGCUUAUGAGGAAGGUGGAGGAAUUGGAGGAGAACGGGCGGGAGGCGGAGAGGAGGGCGGAAGAGGAUGCGGUGAGACUGGCGGAGGCAGUGAGGAAGGUGCAGGAGGCGCAGGAAGAGGCGCGUUUGGCAGGGGAGAGAGUGAAAGAGAGGCUGGAGGAAGAGGAGAGUGUGAGAGAGAGGCUGGAGGUUCUGGAGGGUCUGAUGCAGAGUGAGGAGGCAGAAGCAGUCAGGGCGAAUGCAGAGGUGAUGCUGCUGCAGGGGAUACUGGAAGAUCUGGAAGGUAUGGGUCGGUUUGGAAUGGUGAAGAUGGAAGGAGAAGGGGGGCUGGAGCAGGGGCAGUCUCGGGAGGAGCUGGAGGGGGAGUUGUUGCGGGUGCGAGAGGAGGUUGAGGGGAAAGAGGAGGAGAUUCGGAGGCAUAAGGAGGAUUUGGAGAGGAGUCGGAGGGAGUUGGAAGAGGUGACGGUGAAGCUGGGAGUGUGGGAGGACACGUGGGGAGCCUGGGAGACUCACCGGCAAGAGGUGCAAUAUCCAGGGGGAUGUUGGUAUGACAUGGGUGUGAGGUAUAACUGGGGGAGGGUGGUUCUGGAGCUGGUUCAGAAAGAGCUGAGGAGGGUGAAGGAGGGGAAGGAGAGAGUGGAGGAGGAGAGGAGAGAGGCGGAUGAGGCAGUGUGGAAAGCGGAGAAGGAGGUGAGGGUUUUGGUGGACGAGAAUGGGGUGCUGAGGGGGAUGUUGGGGUUGGAGGAAGGGGAUGUGGUGGCUGUGCCAGGGAAGGAGAGGAGGGAGAGCUUUGAGCUUGCGAUUGGAGCGAUUGGAGCGAGGAUUUGGGAUGGGAGGGUGAGGGAGAGGGAGGUGGAAAGAGAGGAGGAGAGGGUGGAGAGGGAGAGGAAGGAGGUGGAGGAGAAGAGGAGGGCGGUGGAUGAGAGGAGGGAGGGGGAGAAGGAGAGGAAGAGGGAGGUGGAGGAGAGGAGGGGGGAUGAGGAGGCGGGUGAAGGGGAUGUGCAGGGAGAGAACAAUCAGGAUGAGAUUCCAUCAGGUUUGGAGGGGAUCGAUGCAGAGAGGAUCGAGCAGGAGGAGGUGGAGGAAAUGGGAGAGAUGGGGGAGGUUACACCGGCGGUGAAGGCAGAGGGGAAAGGGCAGCGAGCGAAGGAGGGAAGGAGGCAGACGGAGGAUGAGAGACGGGCAGAGGAGGAGCAGCUGAGGGCCACGUGUGCUGCGCUGGAAGGGCAAGGAGCACAGAUGGAUGCUGAACUGGCAGGGUUCAGAGCUGAGAGGGAGAAGCAGAGGAGGGAGGUGGAGCAGAUGCGAGCAGUUAGAGAGGUGCUGGAGAGGGAGAGAUGGCUGCUGGAUCAGAGGGCGGAUUGUGGGGCGGAGGAGAAUGGGGAGAGGGAGAAGGGAGAGGAGGAAGUGGGGGAGGUAGAGGGUGGGGAGGAAAUGAGGAGUGAGGAGGAGACGGGAGAUGGGGAAAGGGCAGGGUGGGAAGAAGGUGGGGAGGGGGAUGGGAAGGGGGUCCUGAGUACUCCUGUUCGUGCUGCUGACGUGGGAACAGAUGGGGUGUCGGCAGUGAGCGUGCAGCAGCCACAUGGCACUCCAGUGCUCUUCUCGGCUUCUCGUGAAUUGGGGAGAGGGAGGCAGGGUGGGAGAAUGAGCUUGCCUACACGUCUGGAUGGAAGUGUGGUGUGUGCUGCUAGCGGGUUGGAGCAUGGGAGGGAGGGAGAGGUGGGGAGUGGUGAUGAGUGGUGGAGUGGGAGGAUUGAGAGGGAGAGGGAGAGGGAGAUGGAGAGGAAGGAGGGCGAGGUGAAGCAGCUGGUGAAGCAGAUUGAAGUUCUUCAGAAGGAGGUGCGUACUUGGGAGAUGUCCCACAACAACUUUCACCUUUUCUAG